CCCUGUAAUUCUGGUUAAGAAAAUAUGUUCACUUUAAAAACUUCUCCUGAGCUUUGUGUGAACAUGGUGAUAGUCGGCAUGUUACUGAUGGUCCUCUUUGUUUCAGCUGCUUUGGCUGGUUGUCCUGAUGGAGCAGACCUCUUCAUAAAUGCAUCAAAGAAGCUGGAAGCACUGAGUGGAUCUUGUUUGCAAAUCCCAUGUAGCUUCAGACCCAAAGAAGAACAGAAAUUUAUCAGCACAAGUGAAACCUUUGGAGUGUGGAUUAAAAACAAUUCUGAUAUUACCAAAAUCAAAAACAAUGUGAUCUUCAACAGUAAUGGAGUAGUUAACAUCUAUCCAAUGAGUAUUACUGGAAACCUGAGUCAGAGAGACUGCACCACUCUGUUUUCUAAUUUAACCACCACAUACACAGACACAUACUUCUUAAGAGUAGAGAGAGAACCAUUCAAGGCGAACGCUGCUUGUGAUCCUCUUCAAAUAACAGUCAGAGAUUCUCCUUGGAGGCCCAAUAUUACAAUCCCAGGUGAUCUGAAGGAGAAGGAGUCUGUCACUAUAACCUGCUCAGCUCUCACUCCCUGUCCACACUCCCCUCCUCAACUCACCUGGAAUCUCCAACAAGACUCUCACAACAAAAUAGAGAAAAACACAGAUGGAAGCUUUACAACUAAAAUCCAGCAGAACAUCACUCUGUCAGACACACAUGAUGGAAAGAAGAUCAGCUGCUCUGCCAGAUAUCCUGUGAACCAAGGAAAAGACACCAAGACAGCAGAGACAGAAGAGACUCUCAGUGUUUCAUAUGCUCCUAAAGACACCUCAGCAUCCAUCAGUCCAUCAGGUUUGGUGUCAGCAGGCAGCUGGGUGAACCUGACCUGCUCCAGCAGAGCCAAACAUCCAGUCAGCAGCUUCACCUGGUUCAAGAAGAGCAGAGAUGGAGCUGUGAAAGUAUCUGAAGGAGAGAUUUACAGCUUCAAUGUAACAGAUGGAGGAGUUUAUUACUGUGUGGCCACUAAUGAUCUGGGUAAUCAGACAUCAGCAGAAAUUCAUGUGACUGUUGGAGAUUCUCCUUGGAGGCCCAAUAUUACAAUCCCAGGUGAUCUGAAGGAGAAGGAGUCUGUCACUAUAACCUGCUCUGCUCUCACUCACUGUCCACACUCCCCUCCUCAACUCACCUGGAAUCUCCAACAAGACUCUCACAACAAAACAGAGGAAAACACAGAUGGAAGCUUUACAACUAAAAUCCAGCAGAACAUCACUCUGUCAGACACACAUGAUGGAAAAAAGAUCAGCUGCUCUGCCAGAUAUCCUGUGAACCAAGGAAAAGACACCAAGACAGCAGAGACAGAAGAGACUCUCAGUGUUUCAUAUGCUCCUAAAGACACUUCAGCAUCCAUCAGUCCAUCAGGUUUGGUGUCAGCAGGCAGCUGGGUGAACCUGACUUGCUCCAGCAGAGCCAAACCUCCAGUCAGCAGCUUCACCUGGUUCAAGAAGAGCAGAGAUGGAGCUGUGAAAGUAUCUGAAGGAGAGAUUUACAGCUUCAAUGUAACAGAUGGAGGAGUUUAUUACUGUGUGGCCACUAAUGAUCUGGGUAAUCAGACAUCAGCAGAGAUUCAUGUGAGUGUUGCAGGAGACAGACUGUGGCUACUUCCUGGAGUAAUCAUUGGGAUCGUUGUACUCUUACUCUUAAUUCUACUCUGCUUGAUCAUCUUUGUUUGGUGCCUAAAAUCAAAAGAUCAAACUCAACAACAGACUCAUAUUCAAAUAAGUGAACAACAGGUUUGUGAAGAGCCAGCAAGUAAAUCAGAAGAAGAAGAAGAAAACAUCCAUUAUGGAGAGAUCAACUUCUCUGUGCUGGGAUAUGAAGCAUCAACUGACUCAGAUCAGAACAGAGGACAGCAGCAGAAUACAUUGUACGCACAGGUGAAAGUCAACAAGCCAAAAAACACAGAGCGCACUCACAACCAAGAAGAACUCUACUCUGAGGUCAAGAAAAAGUUAUAA